CGCCAAGAAAGACCAUUUGCCCCCAAAUCUUCACCUUCUGGUUUCCCCAUCGGUUAAAGUUUGAUGCCCAACUUGCAGAUUUUUCUACUUCGGAAAAGUAAAACGAAAUGGGUUCUUCUUCCACUCUGCAUCCGAUGUCUUCUUCCGCACAAGGCAGAUAUCUCUUCAAGAUUUAUAAAUCCCCAGGAGUAAUCUUUGCUCUGGACUAUCAUCUCUGGUUCUAUGAGCUUCUGAUUAUCAAGCUUUCAUUCCUGAAAUCUAGGCCUUGCUAUUGAGUGGGACACAUUGGAUUUGUUUGGUUUGGAGGAGGUUUCUAGUGUAGUCUAAUGGCCCAAUUAUCAUAUUCGGAGUCAAUGUCGGAGGGUUCGGGGCAUGGACAAGGUGUCCAAGCUGUGCCAUUUAAGACCUCUAAUGGGUCUUUGAAGGUACUUUUAUUACAUGGGAAUUUGGAUAUUUGGGUGAAGGGGGCCAAGAAUUUGCCAAACAUGGACAUUUUUCACAACAAAUUGGAUUCUUUAUUCGGGAAGUUGCCCGGAAAACUUGGGAGUAAAGUCGAGGAGAAGAUAACCAGUGACCCUUAUGUCACGGUUUCGGUGUCCAAUGCCGUGAUUGCCAGGACUUACGUGAUCAGAAACAGUGAGGACCCUGUUUGGAUGCAGCACUUUUAUGUCCCCGUGGCACACCAGGCGUCCGAAGUUCAUUUUGUUGUCAAGGACAACGACAUCGUCGGCUCCCAGAUCAUGGGAGCAGCCGUGGUCCCCGUGGAGCAAUUAUAUUCUGGUGGGAAAGUCGAGGGUGAGUUCCCGAUCCUCAACUCCAACAGGAAACAGUGCAAGGCCGGGGCUGUACUGAUUCUGUCGAUUCAAUACACUCCGAUGCAAGCAGUCCCCCUUUACUACGGCGGCGUGGGAGCUGACCCCGAGUACCGGGGAGUCCCCGGUACAUAUUUCCCGCUCAGGCGAGGCGGGAGGGUAACUCUUUAUCAAGAUGCUCAUGUCCCAGAGGGUAGCCUCCCGAAUGUGUGGCUUGACAAUGGGGUGCAGUUCCAGCACGGACAAUGUUGGAACGAUAUAUACCGUGCCAUAAGUGGGGCCAGAAAGUUGAUCUACAUUGCCGGCUGGUCCGUCCACCAUUUGGUUCGACUCGUUCGAGACGGCGAUGGUGCGAAAGAAACCACUCUCGGGGAUCUUCUCAAAAUCAAGUCUCAAGAAGGUGUGAGGGUGCUACUACUUGUAUGGGAUGAUCCUACUUCCAAUAGCAUUCUUGGGUACAAAACUGAUGGAAUUAUGCAAACUAAUGAUGAGGAGACUCGUCGCUUCUUUAAGCAUUCUUCUGUGCAAGUGCUGCUUUGUCCACGCGCUGCCGGAAAAGGACACAGUUGGGUCAAGAAAAAGGAAACUGGGACAAUCUACACGCAUCACCAGAAAACGGUUAUUGUGGACGCUGAUGCAGGAAGCUAUAGGAGAAAUAUCAUAGCUUUUGUGGGGGGUCUUGAUUUAUGCAAGGGGCGGUAUGAUACCCCAAACCAUCCUAUUUUCAGCACGUUGCACACCGUGCACAAGGAUGACUAUCACAACCCGAAUUUCACGGGAAAUACUACGGAUUGCCCUAGAGAACCAUGGCAUGAUUUGCACUGUCGUAUUGAGGGCCCUGCUGCAUAUGAUGUCCUAAAAAACUUUGAGGACCGUUGGUUGAAGGCGUCAAAACGACAUGGGAUUCAAAAGGUGAAAGCUUCGCAGGAUGAUGCAUUGCUCAAACUCGAGAGGAUCUCCGAGAUUUUAGGAAUAUCAGAUGCUGCUUGCCUAGAUGAUGAUGAUCCCGAGAGUUGGCAUGUUCAGAUUUUCCGGUCCAUUGACUCCAACUCUGUCAAAGGGUUCCCUAAAGAUCCAAAAGAUGCCACGGCCAAGAACCUAAUGUGUGGGAAGAACGUUUUGAUAGACAUGAGCAUACACACUGCAUACGUAAAGGCGAUUCGUGCUGCCCAACACUUUAUUUAUAUUGAGAACCAGUACUUCCUCGGCUCAUCUUUCAACUGGAAUAACUACAAAGAUUUAGGUGCAAACAAUUUAAUACCAAUGGAAAUUGCCCUCAAAAUUGCUUAUAAGAUCAGGUCGGGUGAAAGAUUUGCCGCGUACAUUGUAGUGCCAAUGUGGCCAGAGGGUGUUCCGACCAGUACACCAACUCAGAGGAUUCUCUUUUGGCAGUAUAACACGAUGCAGAUGAUGUACGAAGUCAUAUACAAAGCUUUAGUUGAGGUAGGGCUGGAAAAGACGUAUGAACCCCAAGACUACUUGAAUUUCUUUUGCCUUGGCACAAGAGAGGCCAUUGAUAACGCAACCGAUUCAAAUGGAACAAGUUCAUCAUUAUCAUCAUUUUCAUCAUCAGCUAACACUCCCCAAGCGCUCUCCCAGAGAAGUCGACGUUUCAUGAUAUACGUCCAUUCGAAAGGGAUGAUUGUGGAUGAUGAGUUUGUGAUCUUGGGGUCGGCUAACAUCAACCAACGCUCCUUGGAGGGCACCCGAGACACUGAAAUCGCAAUGGGAGGAUAUCAGCCUGAUCACACCUGGGCUAACAAAAACUGUAGACCACACGGCCAGAUAUACGGAUACAGGAUGUCACUAUGGGCCGAGCAUCUCGCGACGGUGGAAGCGUGCUUUGAGCAACCAGAGAGCGUGGAAUGCGUGAGGAGGGUGAGGGCCCAUGGCGAGCACAACUGGCGGCAAUAUGCGGCGGAGGAAGUGGCAGAGAUGAAGGGCCACCUCCUCAAGUACCCUGUCGAGGUCGACAAGUCCGGGAAGGUGAAGUCGAUGCCCGGAUGCCCGAACUUCCCCGACAUCGGAGGGAAGAUCACCGGUACGUUCCUCGGCGUCCAAGAAAAUCUCACCAUUUGAAUGGUAUAUAUGGGAUUUGCAUUGUUUUCAAUUUUCCAUAGUUUGUAUGUUUGGCACAAAUUGUUAGAAAAGAGAGAAACACACGUAUUUAUUUUUUGGUCACGGCUUAUUUUAACUUUUUUGGGACUAUCUCAAAGGUGUGACAUUAUUUUUGAGACGAGGAUUGUAGUAAUUAGCAUUUC